AUGUUAAGCAAGUCGAGGCGUGGCAUUGGUGCGGUUUCACAAAGGACCUCAACUGGUUCCAAUCGCCGUUUCGUUGCGUUGGUUAUUUUCUAUUGCAUUUAUUUCAUCUUCAUAAGAUUAGGUGUUACACAAGCUGAGGAAGCCCUCAUUUCGGCUGAUAACGAUAUAUCUCACAUCGGGGACGAUUGUCAAGUAACACCCGUUAUACAUGUGCUUCAAUAUCCUGGCUGCGUACCGAAACCAAUACCAUCGUUUGCCUGUGUCGGUCGCUGCGCUAGUUACAUACAAGUCUCUGGUAGUAAAAUCUGGCAAAUGGAGCGUUCCUGUAUGUGUUGUCAGGAGUCUGGUGAACGUGAAGCUGCAGUCUCGCUAUUCUGUCCCAAAGCCAAACAUGGCGAACGCAAAUUCAAAAAAGUGCUCACGAAAGCGCCACUAGAGUGUAUGUGUCGUCCAUGCACCUCCAUUGAGGAGUCUGGUAUUGUGCCGCAGGAAAUCGCCGGCUACUCAGAUGAGGGUCCUUUGAAUAAUCACUUCCGUCGCAUAGCUUUGCAGUAGGUCAAAUAAAUGA